AUGUCAAGGUUUCACGAGGCUGACGAGGCACAGCGAGGACACUACAAUGACGGGCAAAACACUUACACGGACCCAUUCCCUACCGCGCAAGUCCAAUUGAUCCCAUUUCCUCCCUCCCAAUCACAAUAUUUGUAUCAACAACAACAACCUCCACCGCAGCCACCAACAGAAUACCUCACAUCACAUGUCUGUCGUGACCCUUUAGACAACUCACAACCCACUCCACGUCCACAGUCACAGUCUGGUCUAGAUGGUGAGAUGGUAGAGCGUAAGCACAAUGAUUCGGGCGAUAUGCCACUGCUGCUACACAAUGGUCCCUAUGUAGCAUCAGAAAUGCCUGCAGGUUACCAGGAGGCUAACAAUUACUAUGGACACAUACCACAGUACACACCCCGACGGUACAACACCAUCAAGAAGGUGAAACUCUGCCACGGUAACCUCGUGCUCGACUCUGCAGUACCAACAAAAUUACUGGAUAGGUGCGCAAUGCGCAAUGAACACGAGUUCACCCACAUGCGGUACUCUGCAGCCACAUGCGACCCGAAUGAUUUUAAGGAUUCUGGGUUCACCCUCCGCCAGGCGCAUUACGAUCCUCCACGGAGGACGGAGCUUUUCAUCGUCGUGACAAUGUACAAUGAAGAUGAGAAGCUAUUCUGUCGUUCAAUGAGUGGCGUCAUCAAGAAUAUCGCUCAUUUGUGCAAACGAGAUCGGAGCAAAACGUGGGGGAAAGAGAGUUGGAAGAAGGUUGUAGUCUGUAUUGUUAGUGAUGGGCGAUCGAAGAUCAAUUCCCGGACGCUGAGUGUUAUUGCUGCUAUGGGCGCAUAUCAAGAUGGCAUUGCGAAGAGUAUCGUCAACGGAAGACCCGUCGUGGCACACAUAUACGAGUAUACCACGCAACUGCUGGUGUCUCCUUCAAUGGAAAUCGAAGUCGCCGACACCCUCGUACAAAUUAUCUUCUGCCUUAAGGAGAAGAACCAAAAGAAGAUUAACUCCCAUCGCUGGUUCUUCAACGCCUUCGGUCCAAUACUACAGCCCAAUGUGUGCGUUCUCCUUGAUGUUGGUACUAUGCCCGGCCCCACCUCAAUCUACCACCUAUGGAAAGCCUUCGACAUCAAUCCGAACGUUGGCGGUGCAUGUGGCGAAAUCGUCGCUUUGAAGGGCAAGUACGGACAAUAUCUUCUCAACCCACUCGUCGCAGCACAGAAUUUCGAAUAUAAAAUGUCGAAUAUUUUCGAUAAGCCACUAGAGAGCGUGUUCGGGUAUAUCACCGUGCUGCCUGGCGCGUUUAGCGCAUAUAGGUAUAUCGCCCUGCAGAAUGACCAGAUGGGGGAGGGCCCACUGCAGAAGUACUUUUUGGGUGAGAAGAUGCAUGGUGCAGGUGAAAAUAUCUUCACAGCGAACAUGUAUCUUGCUGAGGAUCGGAUAUUAUGCUGGGAGCUUGUCUCAAAGCGCGGGGAAUCGUGGAUCCUACACUAUGUCAAGUCUGCCUACACUGUGACUGAUGUUCCCGACCAGAUCCCUGAGUUAAUUUCUCAAAGACGUCGCUGGUUUAACGGCUCUUUCUUUGUCGCCAUACACUCUGCCGUUCAUUUUUAUUACCUCUAUCGCUCAUCGCAUUCACUCAUGCGCAAGUUCUGGAUUCACAUCGAGAUGUUUUAUCAGCUGUACAGCCUCAUAUUUGCCUGGUUUGCCCUUGGUCACUACUAUAUUGCCUUCAUCAUUCUCUCCCAAGCGCUCGAGUUCUACGUGCCUCGAAUCCACAUCCUUAACCUCAUUCUCAACUACUUUUAUCUCGGGUUGCUCAUCAUGUGCUUCUUCCUUUCGCUCGGCAAUCGGCCGCAAGGCUCAAAACGGGGCUACACCCUCGCCUUCAUCGGGUUUGGCAUCAUCACGAUUUAUAUGACUGUCUCGGCGUCGUUGCUUGCAUACAAGACCAUAGAAAGUGUCGCACAUAGUGAAGGACGAGAAAUCCAAGCUAGCGAUCUAUUCCUGAAUUCGAUCUUUAGAGAUGUCGUGCUCUCGUUGGCGGCGACGCUGGGGCUGUAUUCUUUGGCCUCGUUGAUCUUCUUUGAGCCAUGGCAUAUGAUCACGUCCUUUGCCCAAUACGUCCUCAUGGCAUCGUCAUAUACUGCGGUCUUGAACGUCUAUGCAUUUGCCAACGUUCAUGAUGUCUCAUGGGGAACGAAGGGCGACAACAAGGUUUCCACUGAUCUCGGUGUCGUCAGCCUGGGCAAGGGAGCCAAUGAAGUCGAGAUAGCAGUCACGGCUGAGACUGAUAUCAAUGCAGCGUAUGAAUAUGCUAUCCAUGUUCUGUCCUUGAAACCACCCAAGGUGGAUUCCAAGGGUGAUCCGGCAACGCAGCAAGACGAUUAUUAUAAGACAUCACGGACAAACGUAUUACUGGUUUGGACUUUGAGCAACGGUCUUCUAGCUGCUAUCAUAAUGUGA